AGUGUUUGUGCUGCUCUGGGAAGAUGGCGGAGGCUGCGGCUGUUCCACCGCAUCGGUUUUUCUGUCACUGUUGUAAGGGAGAAGUCAACCCAAAACUCCCGGUAAGCCACGCUUAUUUGUCUCACUGCCCGUCGCAGUUCUUUGUCUAAUAUUAGCGGAUGACAACUGGACGUUUCUUUAAAAACUGGGUUUAUUCCGCUCGCCUGCUGCAGCUAAACACAAGCUAGCAUGUUAGCAGCUAGCGACGUUUGUUGUUGUUAACUCACUAAAUAAAAUCGUAUCACUCGCAAAUGUCCUGGUAAAUAAUUGGAUGUAAAAUUCACACAUGGACAGGGUUGAUAAAAGCCUGUAUGUGUGAAACAGUUUGUCCAAAACAACUCUGCUUGUCGUCUUGCUGUGACAGCCUGGGGAUUUGUGUUUUGCUCAAAACAACAUUUACGGCUGAGAGGUGAAGGUGUCUGUGUUUGUGCUCUGUCAUUUGAUUUUACAGGCAAGAUUAACAAAAACUAUGUGGGUAUUUUCAUUUUCACUUUAUUGCCUUUUAAAAAUAAUCCAGGCAGGAUGGUUCAGGGGAAUUUUCUGGACUUCUCUCGUCGUUUUACUUUCAGUUUUAAAGUCAGAAGUGAGAGUUUGUGAUCUUGACCAACAACUUUCUAGUCCUCCAUAUUUAUUUCACCACAUCCACCUGACACUUUAGUAGAUACAAUCACAACUGUAAACAUAAUAUAUAUUUAUACCACUGCCUAGUGUUCCCAACAUCCCAAAUAUGAUCAUUUACUGGGUUUGAUUAUGAAAAAUGUAGGUUUAAAUAUAAUAACACAUCCACUUCAUGAUUUCUGUUGUGGUAUUGUGUUUUAUUUAAUCUAUUAAUCACAUAAAUGACCUGUCUAUUUAAUUAUUAACAUUUGUAAACUAAGAGUGAAGGCAAGAUUUAUUUACGAUAAAACUUAUAUAAUAAAAACAUAAAUGAGGCUAAAAAGACGACUGUUUAAACUGUCGUUUGGGUGUUGCUGAUUUAAAUCAUGUCAAGCAGUCAUGUUGUCAGUCAGCCGGUCCACCAAAUAAUUUGUCGUCAGCUUAUUUUUAUGUCAUGGUUGAGGGUAAUUCCAGCCCGCCCUGUCAUGGUCUCCAAACUCGCCUGCUUGUCUCAGACACACUCAGUCCUGUGGCAUGUCUUCACUGAGCCAACUGUCUGCAACACCCCUAGGUUUAUCCCCCCACACGACUACAGUAUGUCCUCAAGACCACCUCUCAGUCAUGUGUCCGUUUUAACAACAGAUAUGACACAGAAGCAGUUUUCCCACAACCAUUCCUGACCACGACCCUGGUUUAAGAUCCCUUAUUUCAUGACCUACUUUACUCUUCACAUCUGUUAUAAAACAAACCUACUAGACUAAUCUCUCGUAGCCCUCUUUUGUGAGUCUUAAAGACCCCACACCAAUCCUGUGUCCUUGAGAAACUUUAGCUUUAAUUCAGGAGACAUGUGAUCCAGCUGUGCACACUGGCAGUAAUGUCUUCCUCAUUCUGUCGAGUGAUCUCUACAACGCAGCGCGCGUGUGUUAGGUGUGGUUGGCAGACCAGCUCUACCUCUUGGGCUACAUUCAGACAGCUCAAGCAGACAGACGAAUCUAACCGAUAUUAUCCUCACAAAGAGAGAAACUGGCGGCAUUUUGUUCAGUUGACAACAACUAUGUUUUUACAGUGUUUCCAUGAUUCACCUUAAGAGUCCUGGCAGCAAGAAAUCAACUCAUUUUCAGUUGUCAAUAUAAAUAUCAUUAAAUGUGUCAUAAUGACUCACAUUCAUUGACCUUUUUUAUAUGUUGUCAUACAAGAACCGCAAAUUAAGAUAUGUUUUUUCAGGGGUUGUUUAUAAAGCGCAGAGAAAACUCAAAACUAGUCCAUAUUUUUGGAAAAAGGAAAAGGCAAUAUUACUUGGUAUUCAAUAUUUUUUCCAAGUAGAAAAGAGAAGCUUUGAGUGCUUUUCUGUGAGUUUUCUGAGUGCAGGUCUAAGCAAGUUAACAGAUCGACUUAAUCCAACAGUAACAAGCCAAAUCAGUGUUUUUGGACUCCAAGUUGUAACACUGUAAAUGUGGAGAAGUACAAGCAGGGAGAUACUUACUUCAAUCAAUCAAAGUUUAUUUUUAUAGCACUGUUCAUAAAAAUGAAACUGCAGCUCAAAGUGCUUUACACCAGGACAAGAAAAAUAAAAGUUAUUAAAAUAGACUAGAAUAGAAUAAAAUAGAAUAGAAUAUUCCUUUAUUGGUCCCCCAUGGGGGAAAUUUUUUUUGCCACAGCAGCAUCACAGACAAAGAUAGUGCAAAAAUGCAGUUAUAAAAAUAAUCGUAAUAUUAAGAACUUAAAUAACUGUUAUAAUGAAGAAAAAAUUUGGAAAAAGGGGAGAAUAAAAUAAAAUAAAACUAUAUACAAUAUACACAGUUUAAGUACCAGAAAAAGUAAAAAACAUAUUUUAUUUUCUAAAACAUGAACUUAAAUUUAUUGAUAAAAUAAGGUAAAAAGUGAUACUAAAAAAUAAAUAAAUUAUAAUAGUAAUGAAAAUAAUGAAGCUUUACAUAAAAGCCAGGCUAAAUAGAUGAGUUUUUAGGUUAUGUUUAAAGAUUUCUAUAUUUGCAGCUUGUCUCGGACCCUUUUGAAGUUUGUUCCACAGUUUUGGAGUGUAGCAGCUAAAAGAAGCAUCACUAAAGUUUUUUGCUCUGCUCUGUGAAACGACUAAAAGAGAAGAUUGAGAGGAUCUGAGAGGCUUCCCUGGUUCAUGAAUUAAAAUCAUCUUUGAAAGGUAUUCUGGUGCCAGGCCAUGUAAAGCUUUAUAAACUAGUAAAAGAAUUUUAAAAUCAAUGUGAAAACUAACAGGCAGCCAGUGCAAAGACUUUAAAAUGGGUAUAAUAUGAGCUCUUCCCCUGGUCCUGGUCAAAACUCUAGCAGCAGAGUUUUGGAUCAGUUGUAGCUGGUUUAUUGUGCGUUUUGGUAGACCAGAGAGAAGAGCAUUACAGAUCAUUACACAUUUCAGCCUCUGUGCAUCAAUCAUCUUGGAGCUACAGGUUUUACAAAUAAAAAAAAAAAAACAGAAAAUGCCUGGGUUUGAGGAAAUAAUGAGAAAUACUUCCACUAACCUGUCUGACUCAGUCUUUCUGAUGACUCUUUCAGGAGUACACUUGUCCGAGGUGUGAAUCAGGGUUCAUAGAAGAAGUAACAGAAGACUCCAGGUAAGAGGCUUACAUUAUUCCAGGUACAUAUCCCACGUCUGUAGACCGGGUGAGCUGUUUAGGCCUAUUAGUGUUAGUCUGGAACAAAGGCAAGCGCGUUAGCUGUUCAGUGUUUUCCCACUCUUAUUUAAUUCUGGUGAUGUGUGUGAGAGACACAUUUCCACGUCAUUAAUGUUGUGGUUUCUGUUCCCCCGUCUCGCUGUUUUUCUCAGUCUCCUAGAGGGUGGUGCCAACGGCCUAGAUGACACAGCCACACAGUUUGCAGAGGUAAGAGAUGAGAUCUGAGGGUAAAUGGGUUAAAGAUUAAGGCUGUAAUUUUAUGUUUCUAUUAACUGUGUCCUUUCCCCCCCUUCAUCCCUGUAGCUAUGGCACCUGUUGUUACUGGAGCGGCCUUUCACUACAGACGGGGACACACCGGACUCAGAACCUCGGCUCCCCGGAGGCCGCUUGGGGAGUCUGAGUGACUUGGGAGGUUUAGGAGGGGGACCAAUCGGAGGGUCAGUCCCAGCAGGGCUAGGGGGACCUAUGGGGGGUCUACUAGGAGCCGGGGAACACUGGGGACCAGGGCGCCCCCCUCGCCUGCACAGUCAGAGGAGAUACAGGUCUAGAGGUAGCAGUAGACCAGACCGCUCACCUGCUGUUGAAGGGUGAGUAAGAGCUGAGCUGCUCCUGUCUCGCCUUCUUGGCUCUCAUCUCUGUUUUGUAUUCUCUCACUUGUCAUAAUGACUGCACUCAUUUUUUUUUGCUCUUCACUCUUUUUAUUUUUGGCUCUAAAAUGAACUGGUCUGUAUUUUCUUUCUGUCUCAGGAUUGUACAACAGUUUCUUGCCGGCCUCUUUGCCAACUCUGGAGUCCCGGGCUCCCCUCCCCUGUCAUGGUGAGGGAUGAUGGCACAGUGUUGAUGCUCGCAUCAAAGUGUCGGUGCUAUGUCUCAUAUAUUUGUGGUGUCUCUGUGUCUCUCUCUCUCUGUGACUUUCUCAGGACGGGGAUGUUGCACUCUAACCCGGGGGAUUACGCUUGGGGACAGGGGGGGUUAGACGCAGUGAUAACACAAGUAAGUCCAACUCAGUAGAGCUUAACGUCACUGUAAACUUUUGGGCUAUCUGCAGUUUACACCUGUGUUUACCUGUGUUGUAGUUACUAGGUCAGCUGGAGAACACAGGGCCUCCUCCAGCAGAGAAAGAGAAAAUCUCUUCACUCCCAACCGUCAAUAUUUCUCAGGAACAAGCAGGUCAGUGUCUCUUCUGAUUUCUUCAUUUCACUGGCACUCACCACAGUUUUCCUGAUUCACCCCCGUUGCUUUAACUGCAAUAUUGCGUCCACAAAACUACUUAUAAUAUUGCUUAACUAGUUGAAGCUGUCAGUCUGAUCCUGUAUAUUCAAAGUUGGGCAUUACAAUAUGAUAAGUUAAAAAAGACCUUCACCAGAUGGUUGUGUAAAUCAGCUUGCACUGUUGAUAAUUUUAACUGUAUGCUGUUUAAUGCAGUUAGAAAACCUGCACAGACACUUGUGUUUUCUUGCCGUAGCUGCCUGCAAAGAAAAGCAUCUAAAAGUGUGUCUGUUUGAGUUGAAAUGCCCUUUAACCUUCAGAAGUAUCGUCAGUUUCCUCUGUAUGUUAUUCUGAGAUGAUGUCCUUUGGCUCCCCGGUCCUUCACCUUCACUGUUUUUCCUCCACGUCUCUCAGUGGAUCUAUUCUGCGUUUUGACUUUGUCCCCUCUGAAUUCUGUCCCAUUUUACCUCUCAGUCGUAACUGUGGUAAUUUAGCACAGAUUUUGCAGAGCUGUUGGAUGUGGACUGAUGAUCCAUGCACCAUUUUCCUUAGGUCAUAAAACUCUUAUCACUGUAGUCGUAAAAAUCAUGCUUGGUGCUGUUAAAUUAGUCUCCUACUCUGCCUUUAAGCUGCACCAAAGUGUAAUUGCUAACACUAGUCCUGUGUUCUCUUACCAAAACCAUCUUAAAAAAUGAAAAUCUGAAGAAACCGCACAAGUUUGAAUUGUAAGUUUCUCCGAGUAAUCACAUCUGGACCUUCUCUCCUGUAGACUGCUGUAUGGAAUGUCCCGUGUGCAAAGACGACUUUGCUGUCGGAGAGCCAGUCAGACAGCUACCCUGUAACCACUUCUUUCAUUCAGACUGUAUAGUACCAUGGCUGGAAAUGGUAAGUCACAGCACAGAAUCCAGGAAACACAUGCCCUGUUUUCUCUAUACAGCAAAUUUAAAGGAACAGGAUGAAAAGGUCCCAGUUUUUAAAUUGUGAAAAUACCCAUCAAAAGGGCUGUAAUCCAUCAGAUUGAUUCAGCAUUUAAACCUGUAAUCUCUUGGUAUAGCUGUGUUACAUAAAACAAACCUGCUGCAUUUAUUUAAAAUGAGGGCGCGGGUUGUCCACUGAACCUGUGUGGCUCACAGCUAAAUGCAGGAAAUAAGCGGUGACCGACUAGAGAGACAUUUUUGAUAUUCCAAGUGAAGAUCAACCAGAGUUUCAUAUCAAAUAAGAUAUCUACUUGUUCAGAAGUCUAGUGAGAAAACUGCCCUGAGCGAACUCUCUAACUCUCUCUCUGUAUUCUGCUCUGCGGCCUCACAGCAUGACACAUGUCCAGUGUGUAGGAAGAGUUUGAACGGAGAAGACAGCAGCAGCCAGCCUCCCUCAGAGUCCCCCACCCUCUCCAUGGACCCCCGCACACAGGAGAGAUGGUCCUUUUGAGACACCCACCUUUUGUCAUCCCUCGCUUCUCCUCACCCAAAUCCAACAACACUCAGAGAAGACGAAAACACGCUUCUCACUCUCCUCUCUUCAUCUCUGUUGCAGUCAUAAUCAUCUCAGUCUGAUAUUUUUUUGUAUUUCAGUUUUUUUUUUUUAUUUUAAUGCCUUUUUUCUCCUCAACCAUGUAAACAGAACACCCAACAGACGUCUUUACAGCCUCCUGAAGUCUGCUGGAUCUCUCUCUCUUUUUUUUUUUUAGCCCCGCAUCAAACCAGCCUAGAUUGAAACUAAUCGAACCCAUGUUCCACCUCUCAAGCAAGUUCCUGUCUAAGUUUUUUUCUGAAAUGCACUGCUGCAAUACUCCGUUGUGAGGAAAGGCCAGACUUUACAUCAUACACCAUGCCCUCAUGAUUGGGAAAAAAAAGCUAAAACUCUGCAACUGAGCCCUGGAGAACACAGUCAGGGUUACUUAAACUCAUGGUAUGGACCUAACAGAGACCUGCAAUAAAUGUAACGUUUGUGAAGGGUCGAAUAAUGUUUAACUUUUGGGAGAUUUUGUUAUAUUUAGAUUGAGCUCCGGGUCCCUGCUGUUAAAUGGUCUCAAACUGAAGCUGUGACAUGGAUUUAAAACAAAGGACUCUUCACACCCUCCAGCACCAGAAAAAAAGUGAGUCAUAAAGGAACUAAACAAAAAAUCUCCAGAUCUCAACCUGAUGAGACCUGCUCCUCUUAGUGUAUAUAUUGAAAACAGAUGGCAUCCCUCUGUCAUUUUAUUCUUCUGUUUAAGACUGUCCUUUGUUUCACAUUAUCACCUUUUCUUUAUGAUGUAAAUAAUUUUAGUCCAACAAUUUAUGGUUUGCAAAGGAAAAAAAAACAUUGAGAAUGGAGACACAAAUGUGAAAUACCUGGUUAUCGAACUGUAUAUUAUAUAUAUGAAAAAAAUGUCUAUGAUGUAUUAAUAAAUUGACAAAAAAACUGUCA